AAGCGGGAGCGCUCCAGCCGAGCCCUCGCAAACCACCGGGAGCGGCAAGGAGAGCCGGCGGCCCAAGGGAAGCAGCAGGAGCGGCGGCGUUCAGAGGCACCAUGCGAAGGCUCAGCGCUGGCCGGACCCGUCCCGAGCAGCAGCUGCUCCCGUUGCCGGCGAAGGGCAGCCGGAGGAAAGCCGGUCCUGGAAGGCCUUGGAGGCUGCUGCUCGCCCUGCUGGCUUUUGGGGUGAGCUCCUGCAAAGGUGUACCAGUGAUGUCCCAUGUUCUCCAAGAAGAAAAAGUGUGGAAUGAGAUAGAUGAUAUAUGUUCUGCUAUCCCAGACAUUCUGCCUCAGCCAUCCAAUGCAGUCGAAGAAUUUUGCUUUAUGGUUCUGGAAUUUCUACAGAAAGACAAGUCAUUGGCCACACAUCCGUUGCUGCCAUUUAUUCCCCAACUUCAUGACAGGAGACCGAAGAGAUACAAAGCGGACGAAGAACAUCGAAUACCUGGAGGAGUUCAAAGCAGAGGAUAUUUUAUGUUCCGACCACGUAAUGGAAGAAGAUCAGCUGCUUUCUAUUAAAAAGGCUUGUUCUUGGAUCACUUUUGGGGCUGCAGAAAAAAAAAUGGGCAUCUUGUGCGCUAUUAAAUGUCAACGCUUUUUUUAAAAGAUACUCUAUCCACAGUACAAAAUUCUUAUGAUUAAAAAUGCAAACCUCUGCAUGGUUUACUCACAAAAAAGUCCUUGUGUAAUGGGGCUUGCCCUCACAUUAGCGUGCACAGGUUUGUAACCUAAAGUACAAUUUUUAAAGCAUCUUAUUAACAUUAUUCUAUUCCCUUGCGUUACAAUUUUUGAAAUGGUGUGAAAUUAAAUUAUAAAACAAAAGUGUUGUUCUUGCAUGCAUGGACUUUGUCAGUUGAGAGAAUGCUACCUAUAUAUAGGUUUUUUUUUUCUCCAUUCUAUAUUGUAAAUAAAAACAUUCAGUAGA